AUGAUUGCCGGUGGUAAUGGCGAUCCAAACCCCAACUCGUCCUGGCUUGAUUCGCGUGGUUUAUGGCUUGCGUAUGUCUUGGGCAUUACUAUCUUUCACAUCGUGCUGCUAGCAAUACCGUUUGUGCAGAUCCCGUACGCUUGGACGAUUACGAACAUCUCUCACAAUCUGGCGCAUUUGUACUUUCUACACUCGAUCAAAGGCGCACCAUGGAUGAGCAUCGAUGCGGGUGAGAAUCGUAAAUACACCCACUGGGAACAGAUCAACUGUGGUGAGCAGUUUACGACGACGAGAAAAUUCCUGACCGCUGCCCCAAUUAUCCUGUUCCUUCUGACAUGUCUUUACACGCGCAAUGAUAACGACCAUUUUAUCGUCAACUUCAUCUCGCUCGUAGUGGUUCUCGUGCCAAAGCUUCCCCAAUUCCAUGGGGUACGCUUGUUUGGUAUUAACAAAUACUGA